AUGCAGGUGUACUUGGUGGAGGUGUUGGAGUACCUGAUUGCAGAGAUUGAAAUCCUAGAGCUGCCAGGCAAUGUGGCUGGUGACAAGAAGACUCAUAUCAUCCUACACCACUUGCAGCUGGCCAUCUGCAAUGACAAGAAGCUCAACAAGUUGCUGGGCAAAGUCACCAUGGCCCAGCACAGAGUUCUGCCCAACAUCCAGACCAUGCUCCUGCCCCUACAAAAUGAGAGCCACCACAAGGCCAAUGUCUGCGGGUCCCUCCUCCGGCGCUGGGGCUCCCCGGCCAGUGCGCCCCCACGUUCUUGCUGCCGAUCUGCACCGGAGUUCCUCUGCUCGGGGCGCAGGAGCCGGUUCCCCAGCGGCCCCCUCCGCGGCACUCCCUUCGGGUGCCGGGGGUGCCGAGGGGACCCUUGGGACAGGGGAAACACAGUGGUCACCAUGAUGGAGUUAAGCACCACUUCAGGGGAGAAUAAGUAUUCCCAAGAUAUGCAAAUGGAGGAGAAGCAGCUCAUUUCCCGGAAAGUUCCAAGCUUAUGUUCCACUCGCUAUGGAAUAGCCCUCAUUGUACAUUUUUGCAACUUCACACUGAUGGCACAAAAUGUCAUAAUAAACAUCACCAUGGUAGCCAUGGUCAACAGCACAGGCCAUCAAUCCCAAAUCAACGAUUCCACCAAGGGGCUGCCUGUUGAUUCAUUUGGUGGACCAAAGAGUCUUCCUGCCCAGGCCCCUGUGUAUGACUGGAGCCCUCAAAUCCAAGGUAUCAUCUUCAGUUCCAUCAACUAUGGUAUGAUGCUGACAAUGGUUCCCAGUGGAUAUCUGACUGGAAGAGUGGGAACAAAGCGAGUGGUUGGUGCUACUUUGAUUGGAUCUUCCCUUCUCAUUCUUUGCACUCCUCUGGUCACUGACUUUGGACUAGCUUUUCUCCUCAUAACUCGAAUAGUCCAGGGUCUAUGCCAGGGCUCAGGAUUUGUGGGUCAGUUUGCACUUUGGGAAAGAUGGGGUCCUCCACAUGAACGAAGUAGACUCUGCAGCACUGCUUUAUCAGGAUUACCACUGGGAUGCUUCACUGUCAUCCUCAUGGGUGGCCUCAUUAGUCAUGCCCUUGGGUGGCCUUUUGUCUUCUAUGUCUUUGGAGGCAUUGGCUGUGUCUGCUGCCUUCUCUGGUUUGUUGUGGUUUAUGAUGACCCCGUCUCUCACCCAUGGAUAAGCAUCUCAGAAAAAGAAUAUAUCAUAUCCUUCUUGGACCAACAGGUCAGUUCUUCUAAGCAGUCUCUUCCCAUCAAAGCUGUGCUCAAAUCGCUACCAUUUUGGUCCAUAUGUUUUUGCAGUUUCAGCCAUCAAUGGUUACUUAACACAUUGAUCAUAUACACACCAACUUACAUCAGCUCUGUCUAUAAUGUUAACAUCAGAGAUAAUGGGAUAUUAUCUGCCCUUCCUUUUAUUUUUGCCUGGGUCACUGGUAUUCUGGGAGGACAUGUGGCAGAUUUUCUUCUGACAAAGAAUUUUAGGCUCAUCACCGUGAGAAAAAUUGCCACAAUUCUAGGAAAUCUCCCCUCUUCAGCAUUCACUGUGGCCCUGCCCUACCUCAAUUCCAGCUAUAUCACAGCAAUUACCCUUCUGACGCUCUCCAUUGGACUAACAUCAUUUUGUCAGUCAGGGAUUUAUAUCAAUGCCUUAGAAAUUGCUCCAAGGCAUGGCAGUUUACUCAUGGGAGUCUCAAGGGGACUUGCACACAUGGCAGCUAUCAUGGCACCCACUGUCAGUGGAUUUCUCCUCAGUAAGGACCCUGUAUUUGGGUGGAGGAAUGUCUUCUUCUUGCUGUUUGCCAUUGACAUGUUAGGACUCAUCUUCUACCUCGUAUUUGGAGACGCAGAUGUUCAAGACUGGGCGAAAGAGAAGAAACUCACUCAUCUAUGA